CAUAUUACACUUUGGAAACUGGAGACACGAGAGUGGUCUUUCCGUCCUACAGGGCAUCACAUUGUGAAGUUCCUGAAAGGGAUAACACGGAUAACGUAAUGGCUAAGAAUGGGAAGGUUAUCUGCUUCUGCAUAAGUCUUCUCCUCGCUGUCUGUUGUGUGCCCAUCGCUGACUGUGCAAUGGCUUCUGAUGUAAUUCGGUUAUUCGAGGACAAAAUCAACAAAAACAAUUUGAACGUGAAGCCCCUUCUUGACCAGACAGAAACGAUGCAUGUCAACUUAUCUUUCAACCUGGUCUCUAUAACAGAGUUCAAUGAAGUCGAUCAGCGUUUCUCCUGCAACGCCUGGCUGGAUGUGUAUUGGAAGGAUGAACUUCUUGUGUGGAAUUCUUCGGAGUACGGUGAUCUUCAAAUGGUGUGGCCACCCAAUGACAAAGUGUGGAGACCAAGCCUUGCGGUGGCUAACAUACAUAAUGACUUCAAAACACUUGAGAUAAAGUCCGGUAUCGUCAUGGUAAAGCAUGACGGCAGUGCCAAAUGGGCUCCAGGAGAGGCCUUCCAGACCUUUUGUAAGGUUGAUAUUUCAAGCUAUCCUUUUGACAAGCAGCGUUGUGACAUCGAAUUCUUCAUCUGGGGUAUGGGACUAGAGGAGGUCGUCCUUCAUCCCCUGCAUGACGGAAUUAACACUGACGCCUAUAAGAAGAACGGCGAAUGGGACAUCCUUGCCACUAAAGCCCACCAAGAAGUGCGAGGUACCUCUACGAUCAUGUCCAUGAUUGUCAUAUCGUUCCUGCUAGAGCGACGCUCCUUCUUCUAUAUCCUGAACAUCGUCAUGCCCGUCCUCGUCCUCUCCAUCCUCAACGUGUUCGUAUUCCUCAUCCCUGUGGAAUCUGGAGAGAAGAUAUCUUACGGAAUAACAGUCCUGUUGGCAUUUGGCGUCUUCAUGAGCUUCAUCUCCGACAUGCUCCCUCAGACCUCAGAGAGCAUCUGCAUGCUGGCCGUCUACAUGGCCAGCCUCCUCAUCCUCAGCGCCGUCUUCGUCUCCCUGUCCAUCAUCAUCACCCGCCUACACCACAAAGAGUCGUUUGGAGACCGAGUUCCAAAGUGGAUACAGAAUGUCACCAUUGCCCUCGAAUGCCUGUCGUGCAAGAAAAGGAGAAGGAUCAAGCCUAAAGAUUACGAGGUUCGGCGUGGGAAGGAAAAGGUGCUUAGCGAUGAGGUCAUCGUUCAGCAGGCUUGGGAGGACAAUGAUCCCGUCACCUGGACCAGAGUCAGCCGAGCUCUGGACAGCUUCUGUUUCCGUUUCUUCACAUUGGCAAUCUUGAUCGUAACAGGUCUUGUCAUGGUCAAAAUGAAGUAUGGAGGAAACGAGAUGACCAUUGACUCUAAGAUACAUUAAGAAUGUACUUAGUUUUGCCUGACCAAAACACGACCUGACAAAUUUGGAUUGCUCUUCACCAUUCAGUGAUAUCCCCGCAACAGAAAGCGUCAAAUUAUCGGCAAACAUUUUAUCCAGUGGGAAAUUCGAUUGGAAAGCGUGUCCUUGGCAUAACGGAACGCUUAAUACUUAACCACUCCAAUACCCCUCCGUCCUAAACCUUCAGGAGGUCGAGGAACUAGAUGUGAGUCGCACAUUUUCAAAAACCAUGAACAUAGAACAUAAUCAAUUAAAUGCAUUUAAGAAAAAAAGUUUUUUAUCAUAAUCCAGUUGCAAACGAUUCCGUGGUAUUUGAUUGGCUAACCAAGCGCAUUUUUAUGCAAACAUCAACCACUCCAAGUGUCCUGAUUGGCUGAUUAUAGAACGUUGCAGUAUGCUGCACGAUGUUUUCUACAGUAACUGUUGUUUUUGUGACUGUCUAAACCAUUAAAUAAGCAGUCUGUAAAGUUAUUAUUGUUGACGUACGUUUUAUUUAUUUUUUAGAAUUGACUUAAAUAUUGUUUGCACGCUUUUUUUAUAAUUCGUUAUAUGUUUGUUGCAGGCCAAAAUGGCGAGUUAUAUGUUUACACACAAGAUAACCGAAUAUAGGAAUAUUUAAUAUGUUUCGAAAAAAGAAGGUGCCUAAAUAUUGUAAAUUGUAGACAUAAUUGAUAUUAAGGGACCAUCAAGUGUAAAGUAAUGAAGUGUUGUUUCAAACAUUAAAAAAGGGUCCAUAUUAGUGUUUCGCUGACAUUAAUUAUCACGUUCAUUGUUCUCCGUCCAAGAUGAACUCGCUGGAUAAACAUAUAGCUUCACAUAAACCAUUCUUCGUCUGCCCACGUUUAUUAUCGAGGUUCUUUGUCAAUGUUUAGCUACACCGAUCACACCGAGACCAAAUACAUAUAUACAUAAUAUACUGGUCCAUAUUGAUUCUGGUGUACCUGUAUUGUGGCAUGUACAACCUGGCAAUUAUCACGGAAUGCAGACUUUAGAAAGAAGAUAUUUGUAUUUGCUGUCGGUAAAUACGUGAUGUGUUGAAAUACGUUAAUUCAUGAUUACAUUUAUUAAUUAUUCUACUGAAUGUUUGCACCACUUAGCUGUACAAUGAAUCUACUUUGUACGUGUAGUCAAUGUGACAGACUUCUUACAUUUACUCACAUAUAUGUAUUCAUGUUAUUAGGAUUUUAAGGUUUUGUUGAAAAACAAAUUGUUCUAGAUCACACCAAAGCCAAUCAAUUUUUUGAAAAUACUUGUUUUCUGUGCAUGCUUGGUGACCAGAUGUGAUGAGAAACAUAGAUGAAAAUUAUAUACAUCAAUCCAUCCUCCAGAUGUUAUUUACAAAAAUACGUGAAUUUCUUUACAUCAUAUAUUAAGUUCUCAGAGACAAUGCGCCAAUGUUUCACAGAUGCCAGUAAAUGCAUUGUCUUGACUAACGUCAAUGAAAGAGAAUAACCAGUCUUGACACAAUUCGCAUAAAUUAGGAAAGUAAUUAUUAAAGAAAUGGGCAGCAGUUUGUCAAGCAUAAUCUCUCCCGAACCCAACAUAUAAAUGUGAAAUACGUGACUUUUAUGUUGAUGUCUAGUUUGCACAACCUAGAUCGUGAAUUAUACAAGACAACGUAAAUGUUUACUGUGAAAUGCUGUGUGCUUUUCAAGGAAUAAAAUAUG